GCCUGAUGCCACUCGGCCUGAUGCCUGCCAGUUGACUCGAUGCCCGCUGUUGAUCCAGAUGAUCCGGUACCUGAUCCGGUGGCCCGCUGUCGUGCCAAUUGACUCAGAGCCCGCUGUCGUACCUGGUGACUCGGUGCCCACUGCCUUGCCAGAUGACGCGGUGCCCGCUGGCGAGCCAAAUGACCUGAUGCCUGGUGACCCAGUGCCCGCUGUCAUACCUGGUGACCCGAUGCCCGCUGUCGAGCCAGACGAUCCAAUGCCUGGUGACCCGGUGCCCACUGCCUUGCCAGAUGACGCGGUGCCCGCUGGCAAGCCAAAUGACCUGAUGCCUGGUGACCCAGUGCCCGCUGUCAUACCUGGUGACCCGAUGUGCCUCUGCCCGGUGUGCCUCUGCCCGGAGUCCAGCCCGAUGUGGCCUCUGCCCGGAGUC